AAGAAGACGACGACGACGAUGAAGAUGAAGAAGAAGAUGAGCCUAAUCCAGAAGAGCCAUUGGCCGAUAAUCCAUCUUCAUCCUCAUCUUCCGACGACUCCGACUCCGACUCCGACUACGACUCGGACGAUUCGGAGCAGCCUGACACCGAACUCGCCACCCGAACCAGCGGAACUACUGUCAACUACGAAGAAAUCGACGAGGAGGACAACUCGGAGGAAGCGAAUGUGAAGCGAUUCAUGCAAAUCCUUGACAGCAAAAGGAUGAAGAGAGAGCAAGACGAGGAAGAGAAAGAGUACGUGUACCACGAGGACUUGUUUGAUUUCCCGAGGGAUAGAGAGAAUUGGAGAGAAGAGGAUUUGAAGGAGCUCUGGGCCGAUGCUCCGCUUGAGAUGACCAAACCCGGUUGGGACCCUGCUUGGGUUGAUGAGGACGAAAUGGAGGUUGUCAAGGAGGAGAUUAAGGCCGGUAGAGACCCUCCCAUUGCUCCUUUCUACGUGCCGUAUCGGAAACCUUAUCCGGCUAUACCGGACAAUCAUUAUGAUAUUUCCAACCCUAAAUCAGUGAUUGAAGAACUUGAUAGGAUUGAGGAGUUCUUGAUUUGGGUCAGCUACAUUUUCCCUGAUGGAAGCACGUAUGAGGGCACGGUCUGGGAUGACUUAGCUCAUGGAAAAGGUGUUUAUGUUGCUGAGCAAGGACUGGUCAGGUAUGAAGGUGAAUGGCUUCAAAACAACAUGGAGGGUCACGGGGUGGUUGAAGUUGACAUACCUGAUAUAGAACCUGUGCCAGGGUCCAAGCUUGAAGCGAAAAUGCGAGCUGAAGGGAAAAUAAUACAAAGAGAUUACAUGUCCCCGGAAGACAGAGAAUGGCUGGAGAUGGAUAUUGAAGAUAGUAUUCGUUUAGCAGGCGGAAACUAUGAAAUUCCCUUUUAUGAGAAUGAUGAGUGGAUCAGACAAUUUGGGAGGAAACCGGAGAAAGGCCGGUACCGCUAUGCUGGUGAAUGGAAACAUGGUAGAAUGCAUGGGUGUGGUAUAUAUGAAGUCAAUGAACGCCCAAUACAUGGUCGCUUCUACUUUGGGGAGCUAUUAGAAGAUCCUGCUGGUUGUGAUGAAGAUGUUUCGGCGCUGCAUGCUGGUAUAGCAGAGGUGGCUGCUGCUAAGGCACGGAUGUUUGUUAACAAGCCUGAUGGAAUGGUCAGAGAACAGAGGGGUCCAUAUGGCGAUCCUCAACAUCCGUAUUUCUACGAGGAAGAAGAUGUGUGGAUGGCACCAGGCUUCAUCAACCAGUUCUAUGAAGUUCCUGAUUACUGGAAAACAUAUGUGCAUGAGGUGGAUGAAGAACGGGAGAUGUGGUUGAACUCCUUCUAUAAAGCUCCAUUGAGAUUACCUAUGCCUGCUGAUACUAACACUGAUGAAAAGCCAGAAUUUAUUCUCAUUAACAAGGAACCGGAGCCUGAUCCUGAAGAUCCAUCGAAGCUCAUAUAUUCUGAAGAUCCUCUCAUCCUACACACUCCAACUGGACGGAUAAUCAACUAUGUUGAUGAUGAGGAACAUGGGGUCCGCUUGUUUUGGCAACCACCUCUGGAAGACGGGGAAGAUGUGGACCCAGCGAAGGCCCAGUUCCUACCCCUUGGAUUUGAUGAGUUUUAUGGACGAGGUGGGACUGCCAAGAAGGAUAAUAUAUGGAUGCGUCUAUUCACAGCAGUGGAAAAUGCAUUAAAGCCAAUGUGUGAGAAGCUAGAGAAUUGGACUGAAGAGCAGAAAAAGGCUAGUGAGAUGAAGAUGAAGCUGAUAGAGAAAGAGAUUGAAUUGGUUGAAGCUGAAUUAUGUCUAGAGGAGGCAAUUGAAGACAUGGAUGAGGAGUUGAAGAGAAUAGAGAAAGAGGAGCAGAAGAAAGUGGAUAAAGGUUUGCAAGAGGAAGAAGAUAUUUUUACUCCAGAAAUGACCAGCAAAGAUGUAAAAACUUCGGCGACAGAGGAGGAAGGUGAAGCGGAUGAGGAGGUAGAAGGGGAAGAGGAGGAAGAGGAUGAUGAUGUUACACCAACGAGUUUUGGGUCUGUAAUCAAGGAUCAGGAUUCAACAAAAGAUGACAAGAAGGAAAACAAGCCUGGGAGGUCUCCAUUUUCUUCAACCUCGUUAUCACCUGUUUCUUCUUCUAGCUUGGUCUCAAUGGCUCCACCUCAGCUGCAGCAGUUGUUUUCAAAGUGGAAGGAGGGGAAAUCACAACAAAAGCUGCUGCCACCACCUUCUUCGAAGCACUCUCCUUAUUUGGUGUGUUUUCCACAAAAGAAUGGCCAAAAUUUGAAACUGAGAGCAGCAAGACACACACAGAGACAAAUCAAGGAAAUUUCCAAGUCACGUUUAAGAAGCCUCUCAACUCAAAAGACUUCUGUAAACUCCCAAACAAGCAGCCUAGGAGAUUACAAACCACAUGCUGCAACAGAAGUGGAUUUUCAGAGCAUACUAUCUUUGCACACCAGUUUGGAUAUCGGUAUACAGUGAGUCCCUCCUGCUGUGUGUCCGUGUUGUGUGUUUUGUACAACAUAAUUGAUUUUGUCACAGCAUUGUUCUACGGAUUAAUUUUGUGUACUCAGGGUUGGUUGGCUUUAAGGUCAGCUACAAAAAUGAGAAAGUUGAAAAUGUUUAGUCAAGAUUUCUAUACUACAGCAAAUUAUAAUUGAUUGUCACAUUGUUUUUUCGGGGAAACUCAUUUGAUUCAUGGCAUCAUAACUCUUUUGUUCUAUCUGUAUUGAGACUUGAUUAAUUCUUUUAUUGGAAAAAGGUCAAGUGGCCAUAGACUGCUUUUCUU